CAUCAGACAUUGCAGCCAAAGCUUGUAUACCCUGAAGACCUCUCAGCCUCCGCUCAAGGGGCUCGUCUUUCAAGAUGUUUGCCGGCAAGCGUUUAAGCAAAGAGCUCCUGAAGGUACCUACACUUCCCUGCCAUCGUAUUGCACCUUAGUCCCAGCAUCACAAAGACGGCAGCAUUGCCACAACCACAUGAUUCUAACGUUCAAUAUCUGUACAGAUGAAGGAGCACCUCCCGCCCGGCAUCUCAAUAGUCAAAGACGACAAUCUCGAAGAAUGGCAAAUGGACAUCAAAGUCCUUGACGACAACCCGCUCUACAAGGACCAGACCUACCGACUCAAAUUCACCUUUGGGUCGAAAUAUCCCAUCGAACCACCAGAAGUCCAAUUCAUCGAACUCCCUAGUACAUCCGAUACCCCGCGCCCCAUCCCCAUGCACCCCCACAUCUAUAGCAAUGGCAUCAUCUGCCUCGAUCUCCUCAGCUCUGCCGGCUGGUCGCCUGUGCAAACGGUCGAAAGCGUCUGCAUGAGUAUCCAAAGCAUGUUGACAGCGAAUAACCGCAACGAACGGCCUCCCGGUGAUGCUGAAUUCGUCUCAUAUAACAAGCGCCGCCCGCGCGAUAUCGCUUUCAUGUACGAUGAUGAUAAUGUGUAGUCCGUAUUCUGGUCCGUGGCUGAGCUUCUUGGCGGCGUGGUUGCGUUGGGCUUUCAGCGGGAUCGCUCGGGCGGCAUAGUCUUCGGUCCUCAACCUGGCAUUAUUCGAGGGUUAGUAGACAUUCUCGGUGUUGCUUUGUCACCUUUAAUCGUUCGCAUUCGCAUUCGCGUUGGCGUCGGCGUCGGCUUUGUUUUCUUUAACUAGGGCGCUCCAUAGUCGGAAGGAUGGUUUGGACAUUGUGCUGCUGGAGUUCCAUCUACUCCUCUUCGUUUCUUUCAUCUACAUAUUGUUAUACAACAGCCUACGACAUCGCAGUGAUAAAUGCAUGAGGCUCUAGAUAGGGUUGGUAGUCAAAAGAUUGAGCU